AUGGCUGAUAUCUUCGCAGCUCUCAAUCAUCUCAAUCAAAAGAUGCAGGGCGGUGGAGUCAACAUCAUCGAAGCGGAGGAAAACCUGAAAGCUUUUCAAAAAAAGCUACCGUUAUGGAAGCGACGAACAGAGAACGAUAACUUUGCAAACUUUCACCUGCUGGACGACUGUGUAAGUAAGAUCGAAGAUGUAUCUGGAAUCGGAGACAUUUCUGUACCCGCGGAACUGAAGCAAGCAAUUGCCACGCACUUAGAUGAGCUUGCAAAGUCUCUCGACGGAUACUUCCAUACAAUAUCCAGCGUGGCUAUAUUGUCCAUUGUGGGGAACCUGCUGGUGCUCAUUAUGGCAUUUAAGCACUCAUCUCACAUGAAGCCCCCGGAGCUGCUGAGUGUCAACCUGGCAGUGACCGACCUGGGAGCUGCUGUCGCCAUGUACCCUCUGGCUGUGGCCUCGGCCUGGAACCACCACUGGCUGGGAGGAGACACCACAUGCAUCUACUACGGCCUGGUAGGCUUCUUCUUUGGCACGGCCAGCAUAAUGACCAUGACCGUGAUGGCUGUGGUGCGUUUCGUCGUCUCCCUCAGCCUCCAGUCUCCCAAGGAGAAGAUCAGCCGGAGGAACGUGAAGCUCCUGUGUUUGUGGACGUGGCUCUAUGCCCUGCUGUGGGCCUGCUUCCCUCUCCUGGGCUGGGGCCGGUACGGUCCAGAGCCCUUUGGCCUUUCCUGCACCCUAGCCUGGGGAGAGAUGAAGGAACAAGGCUUCUCCUUCGUCAUCUCCGUCUUCUCCUUCAACUUGCUGGGGCCCUCCUUCAUCAUCCUUUGUUGCUACUUUGGCAUUGCCUUGAAGCUGUACAUUACCUACAAGUCCCUCGACAACAGCAAAAAUAUCCCAAACAUCAUCAAGAUGCACCGCCGCCUUCUCAUAAUAGCAGUCCUGAUCAGCCUGGGCUUCAUCUUAUCAUGGGCUCCAUACGGUUUGGUGAGCCUGGUGUCUGUCGUCAGGGGCAGUGAGUUCAUCCGGCCAGAGGUGACCAUGCUGCCCUGCCUGUUUGCUAAGUCCUCCACUCUUUACAACCCCCUGAUCUACUAUAUCUUCAGCAAGACCUUUAAGCAGGAGGUGAAGCAGCUGUGUGGUAGAUCCAACGCAUGCCAUGCUUCCAGAGCCAGGAACAACAUCACGGACAACGCCAUCUACCUGGUGUGUGACGGCAGCCGGACGGAGAAUGAGGAGAAGGUGGUGGCCACGGUGGCUGGGAGGACCACUGAGGAUAAGUUGUCCUCUGGGAAGAGCCGGAAGAUGGAGACCAGGUUAAACUCAUUCGACAGCCAAUAGGAAGGCCUCGGGGAGGGAGGGGGGGAGGGAGGACAUCAUACAGUAUAUAAUUUGAAAUGAGCUAAGACCAAUAUCUAUGAUUUUAUUGUUAUAUCAAUUGCUGUUGGCAUGAAAAUAGUUUUUACAUAAAGACAAGUUAUACUUUAAUAAGUACAACUGUUGUGUGCAACAACUUCCAGGGUAAUAUCAAAUCCUGUAUUGAUGGUUACAUGAAAGAGGGCGUUUGCACUACUGUAUCUUAACUUAAUGGAUGUGAGUGAAAAAUGGCAUCCAAUGAGAGGAUAUCUGGACUGAGUGAAGAGUGAAGAGGAUUGACAAUAUGCUAUAGCCAAUAGGGAAUCAUAGACUGUAUACGGUUUGAAUGGACGGAGCGUACAGUAGGUGGGCUGUUUUCUUUAGACAAACACAGCUGCCAUUGAUCAAUGCAGAGGAAGGAAGUGACCGUAUUCCCAUGGAGGAGAGGAUGGAUGGAGACACUAAGCCUGGGGCCACCCUAUCCCCUAUGUAGAGCCAUAUGGGCCCUGGUCAAAAGUAGUGCCCUGCACUAAAGAGCACUGUUAGUGCUCAGGACUGAUCCAAUGAGGAGAGGAGAGGAUGGAGAAAUGGAUGCUUCUAGUGCUCAGGACUGAUCCCAUGAGGAGAGGAGGGGAUGGAGAAAUGGAUGCUUCUAGUGCUCAGGACUGAUCCCAUGAGGAGAGGAGAGGAGAGGAUGGAGGAACGGAUGCUUCUAGUGCUCAGGACUGAUCCCAUGAGGAGAAGAGAGGAUGGAGAAACGGAUGCUUCUAGUGCUCAGGACUGAUCCCAGCCCAGCCUCAAAGGUCACACGCCAGCCACUAAGGAGGUUGAAAAGUCAUAGUUGAGGUCGGACGGAAUCUGAAUAUGUGAAGGACGAAUUGGGUGUCUGUUCAUAUUUACUUUUAAUUCUGUUUAAUAUCCCCAUGGCCACGUAGCUUGGCAAAACCACUUUACCAUGACAGUAAUUCCUUUUGGAUAAAAGCAUCCGCUAAAUGGCAUAUAUUCUAUAUAAUACUGUAUUAUUAUAUUAUAUUUGUCUUGAAACUUAGCAGGCACUCUUAUCUAAAUAGGAUGCUAGCAUGCUAAGUAGCAGUCAGCCAGGACUGCGAGCGGAGCCUGCUGAGGCUCCUCUGGGUGGGCAACCAUGGAUUGAUGAUGGGGAUUUCAUGCAUCUAGUUGACUGGGCUAUGCCAUAGACUGUACACUAAUCUCAUAGGUGAUGCAUCUGGGUUCCUACUAGAGGUCGACCGAUUAAUCGGAAUGGCCGAUUAAUUAGGGCUGAUUUCAAGUUUUCACAACAAUUGGAAAUCUGUAUUUUUGGACACUGAUU